AUGGAACCCAAGUGGAAGACGCGGCAGGAGCAGCGCACGAACCGCAGCAUGGACGAGCCGCCCAUUCCGCCGUGGGGGUGGCCGGCGGGCGGCGACGUGCAUCCCACGGCGUGGCAGCACAGCCUCGAAUACUUCCUCGUUGCAGACCUGCUGCAACCGCCCUCGAAGAGAGACCCUGGAGUGGCGGCAGUGAGGGUGAGGGACCCCGCACACGCGGACGUGUUUCUCGUGCCCUUCUUCGCCUCCACCAUGGUCAACCUGCUCCGAAGGAAGAACUUCCCCACCUACAAGGCUCUGGCGUCCCAGGAGGGCAUGCGGCGGUCGCGCUUCUGCCUGCACGUGGAGGGCGACACGCCGUCCUCAUCGCGUUUCUUCAAUGCCAUCAUGAGUGGGUGUGUGCCCGUGGUCGUCAGUGAUUACGUGGAGCUACCAUUCGAAUCAGCCAUCGACUACUCGCGCCUCACGCUCUUCUUUUCCCAACAGGUGACCCUCUCACGCUCUCGUUAA